AUGAUGAGGAUGAUGAGACUCUGGUUAAAGAUGAUGACGAUGUGGGGAAAACCAGUGAUGACAGUAACAGAAAAGAGUAGGACAGUAUAUCUUUCCGAGGAUUUGCUUGUAGAGAUACUCUCUAGGGUUCCAGAGGCUUCUCUGGCACGGUUCCGAUCUAUCUCAAAAGGAUGGAACGCUCUUAUCAAAAAAGAAGGGAAACUUGACUACAAGUCUCUUGUUGUCAUAUUAAUUGAUCGUAGGGUUUAUUUAGCUAGGCUUGAUCUGCACGGCAUUCAAGACGACAACGUUGUCAAUCUAAUAAGUCAUUUCAGCCUCAAUGAUCCUCUUUCCACUUCUUCGAAAGAAGUCGGUAUACGCCAGGUCUUCCACUGCGACGGCCUUUUGCUAUGCACCACCAUGGACAAUAGAUUGGUGGUUUGGAAUCCAAGUUCAGGGGAAACCAGUAGGAUGAUCAAACCGUUAAAUUCCUACUCUAGUUAUGACACCUACGCUCUCGGUAAAUCCUCGAAUAACAAGUACAAAAUCUUGAGAGUGCAUCAUCAUGGACAUGGUUACUUGGAGCCAUGCCUUGUUGAUUACGAAAUCUAUGACUUCACAUCUGAUUCGUGGAGGGUUGUUGGUAAGACUAGAGAGUGGUCCAUUCCACGUAUGUGGCGAGCUGGAACGUCUGUGAAUGGAAAUACUUACUGGCUUACUUUUACUUUUAGGCAAAACGGUCCAAGGUCGAGGGAUACCUUACGAUGUUUUGAUUUUUCAACAGAGAGGUUUGGACCUGUGUCUCUUCCGGGUGAUCCUCGUUCUUAUUAUGUUUUUGCUUUAUCAGUGACUAGAGAAGAGCAAAAACUCUGUCUCUUAACUUCUUCUCGUGAUGAGGUAUACGAUAUAGAUGUAUGGAUGGGAACUAAGAUUAAAAGUACCGGAGACAUAUCAUGGAGUAAACUCCUAACAGUGGAACGAACCCAACGCUACCAGUUCAUUACGCUUCGUACUGGGAUGAGUUUCUUGGCUGAUCGGGAGAAUAAAGUUUUAGUGCAUCCCACUAAAUAUAAGAUCUCUAGUAACUGCUUAUUACACAUUUUGGGAGAGGAUAAAUACAUACAAGUGGACCUUCAUGAUGUAGGAUUUAAAUGCUCACUUCCUGUCCAGUAUGGUCCAACUUUGGUUCAAAUCCAACAAGGUUCUUUGGGGGUAGGCACAUGGAAAGCACCAGUAACGUGA